AUGGUUAGUUACCUCGGAAGCAUUAGUUUUACACGACUUGAUGCCCUUUUCAACCGAGGUUUUAUAGCUCAAAUCCGACCUAUCUACCAACCCAAUCCAUCUCUCCACCGAUCCGACUGUACCCUACACCUCACCGAGAUCACCUUUUGA